ACUCCACUGCGCAAGGAAGAAGAAGAAGAAGCAGAAGCAGAAGAAGAGGAAACAGAAGAAGAAGAAGAAGGCGAAGAACUCCGGAAGUGUGCGGAGCGGCUGAUCCCCCCCGGUCGUAGCAGUGGAUUCUCAGGCUGACGGCAGGAGCUGCUCCUCCAAUAUGGCUGACGUCUGGCAGGACGCCAUGGACCACGCUGUCGCUGCUGCACGAAGAGCUGGACAGGUGGUAUGUGAAGCUCUGCUGGGCGACAGGGAGGUGAUGACAAAGAGUUCGUCUGUUGAUUUGGUGACACAAACUGACCAGAAAGUGGAGCAGCUCAUCAUCCAGUCGGUGAAGAAGAAAUUCCCCACACACAGGUUCAUUGGGGAGGAGUCUGUGGCUGCAGGUGAGCCCUGCCUACUGACUGAUGAUCCUACCUGGAUCAUUGAUCCCAUCGAUGGGACGACCAACUUCGUUCAUGGAUUUCCUUUUGUUGCUGUUUCCAUUGGAUUCACUGUGAACAAGCAGAUGCAGUUCGGGGUGGUCUUCAGCUGUCUUGAAGACAAGAUGUUCACAGCAAGGAGGGGGAAGGGAGCGUUCUGUAACGGAGAGCCACUGCAGGUUUCUGAUCAGGAAGACGUUACACAGUCGAUCAUCGCCACAGAGUUUGGAUCCAGCAGAGACCCCGAAGUUGUGGACAGAAUCUUCUCGAGUCUGAGGAACAUCCUGAGCAUCCCUGUACACGGCGUGCGCAGUGCAGGAACGGCAGCGAUCAACAUGUGUCUGGUUGCGUCCGGUUGUGUCGAAGCGUAUUACGAGAUCGGACCACACGUCUGGGACGUCGCUGCUGGCUCGCUGAUCGUGUCAGAGGCUGGAGGAGUUGUGAUGGACGUGGAGGGAGGACCGCUGGACCUGAUGUCUCGAAGAAUCAUCGCUGCCAACAGCAAAACCAUCGCUGAGAGGGUCAUCAAAGAGAUUCAGUCCUUCAGUCCACCGAGAGAUGACGCUCCAUCGCUGCUCACACAGUAAACAACUGAGUUUAUAUGUUUAGACUGUGAAAAUAAAGUUUGUCUUAUAAAGGAAAAAAAACACAUCAGCCAAGCAUCUUCUGCUUUCCUACCUGUGACAUCGACAGGAUGACAGUUGUCACAUGACGACG